AAUAAAACCAAAAAUUAUAUCCACUUUCUUUAACGAAAAGGAACAUUGCUGUUGUUAGCCACUGAACUGAAAACAAGGAGAACGAAGCUUUCGUAGCCGUUGCCGCCUUUAUCUCCGACGCCGACAUGAAACCCCCUUCCACUCUUUUCCUCAAAACCCAUAUCCCUUCUUCCAUUUCACUCUUCAAAUUCUCCAAAGGAACACAAAAUGCUAAAUUGCUUCCAAAUUUGUGCUUUUGUAAGAGUAUUCAAAGUAGUUCAUAUGAAGUUGCUAAAGGAAGUUAUGUUCCCACUCCCACUGUUGAACAAACAAAAGAAAAUAAUACAAUGGAAAAGCCAUCUAGAACGAUUGAUUCUAUUGGAGCAUUUCAAAAGUUGCCCGUAGUGAUGCCAUCUAUUGACAUUCUAGGGUCAGCACUGAGAAAGGCAAGGAAGGUUUCUGCAACAAAAGGAAUUGUCAAUAUUGCAAAAAGAGAGAAAAACAAAGGCGCAAAACAACUUGACGCAUUGAUGAAAGAACUUGCAGUUCCAUUGAGGACAUAUGUGGAGAAUUUUCCUAAUAAAACACACCUUCAUCCUUACGAAAGGUCUCUUAUUGAGCUGACGCUUGGAGAUGGUUACUAUGAAAAGGUGCUAGGGCAGGUAGAUGGUUUGAGGAAGAGGGUAGUAUCUGUUGGAAAGGAACAUGCUGCACUUUGUGCUAAGUCUACAACAAAGCGAGAAGCAGAGGAAAGAUUGAUUGAGGGGACUAAAAUAAUUGAAGCGAGUUUUGAUCAAGAACGAAAAGUUGUUGACAAUUUGUUAAACAUAGCGAAGACUCUGAGGGCAAUGCCUGUAAUUAAUUUGGAAACACCAACUCUCUGUCUUGUUGGAGCCCCUAAUGUAGGAAAAUCUUCUUUGGUCCAUGUACUCUCUACUGGCAAGCCUGAGAUUUGUAACUAUCCCUUCACAACAAGAGGAAUUCUUAUGGGUCAUAUUAUUUUUAACUAUCAAAAGUUUCAGGUAACCGAUACUCCAGGCCUACUAAAGAGACAUGAUGAUGACAGAAAUAAUUUGGAAAAGUUGACCCUUGCUGUCCUUUCACACCUACCAACAGCAGUUUUGUAUGUUCACGACCUUUCAGGGGAAUGUGGGACCUCACCUUCUGCUCAGUUUUCAAUAUACAAAGAAAUCAGAGAAAAGUUUUCUGGACAUUUAUGGCUUGAUGUUGUCUCCAAAGCUGAUCUGUUGAAGUCGUCUCCUGUGAUAUAUGCAACAGAAGAUCGUGAUCUCACACAACAUGAGCUAGAGAAGUACCUUAAAUCAGGUCCUGAUGGAGCUAUUAACGUGUCUGUGACAACACAGGAAGGAAUACAUGAGCUGAAGCAAAGAGUGCAUGAGCUGCUUAAUUUACAGAUGGCCAAGAUCAAAGAUAUAAGCAACAAUCAAGAGAAGUAAAAGUUUUUUUUUACUAGGAAAGAGAAGUGGUAGUUGCCAUUCUAAGGCUAUAUGAAGUUUAUGAAGAAAUUUUUUGGUCAAUUUGGAGGGGCUGAAAUUUUUCAUUUGUAAAAUAAGUUAAACAAGCUUUCUAUGGCCAACCUCCAAACAGGAAAAGUAGCAAAACUGCAAAAGUGAUUUCAGCUCUAGUACUGCCAGCAAGGAAUUAGGCAUUGUAGAGCAGAUAAGUUGAGGUGUGACACUUUGAAUCUUGCAGAAAAUUGAUUGGUUACAGAAAAGAAAAGUGUGAUUGAGGGGAUUUUAGUUGUUUCAACCAUAUUGGACCAUCUUUUAAGAAACAAGAAAUGCUUAUUUCUUGCUUGCCUUUCAA